AUGAGUCAACAAUCGCAAUCAGGCAUGGGCAACUCGUUCCGAGGAGGCUACAAUGGCGACCCUGAUAAUUCCGGUAUCUAUUCGGCAUCCUAUUCCGGCGUGGAUGUAUAUGAAAUGGAAGUCAACAAUAUCGCCGUGAUGCGCCGGCGCAACGACUCAUGGCUCAAUGCCACACAGAUCCUCAAGGUCGCCGGAGUUGACAAAGGAAAGCGCACCAAAAUCCUCGAGAAAGAAAUACAAACGGGCGAGCACGAGAAAGUUCAGGGCGGAUAUGGCAAAUACCAGGGUACUUGGAUAAAAUUCGAACGUGGUCUUCAAGUCUGCCGCCAAUACGGUGUUGAGGAGCUUCUACGGCCACUCCUUACUUACGACAUGGGUCAAGACGGAGGCGUUGCCGGGCGAGGCGAUCUCAACACACCAACGAAAGAACAAGCAAUGGCCGCACAAAGAAAGCGAUUAUACAACCAGAGUGCAGACGGAAGAGCCAAUGGCGUAUCUGGGACAUUCUUCAAGAACAUUUCUACCACGGCGUCGCAUGCCGUUGCAGCUAUUAGCAAAGCUCGGUUCGAUUCACCUGGUCCCAGGAGUAGUCGCAAUGGUGCUUCGAGAACGGCUUCCUUUAGCCGCCAAGCGUCCAUGCAAAACGGAGACGAUUUCCCCAGCAACUCUCAACAAAGUUUCGCAUCCGAUUAUGGACAACAAGUUGAUUCGGCGUACUCGACUCAACAAGCCAACAAUUCAGUUCAAAUGACCGAACCAGAUCCUCCUCGAAAACGCCAACGCGUGACGAUGACGCCGGCCGAAAGCUUCAAUGGAUACGGGCAAAACGUGGAUAUGUAUGCGGCAGCAUACCCUGGGUCUCCUACGGAGCCGAAUGAGUCGUUUAUGUACACGCAAAGUGCUAUCCACGAUCGAUCGCCAAUAGAGGAGGGCAACGGACCUCUUGAACCUCUCCCUUACGAGAUGUCUCCAGAUGUCGAGAACAAGCGUAAUGUGCUUAUGGGGUUAUUUCUGGAAACAACGGGCACUGAUCCUACAAAAAACGAUACGCUUCGAGGGUUCACGCCGCUGGAAUUGGACAUGCCAAUUGACUUGCAGAGCCAUACAGCACUACACUGGGCUGCAACUCUUGCCCGCAUGCCUCUAUUGCGUGCUCUUAUUGCCGCUGGCGCUUCUCCGGCCCGUGUGAAUGGAUCAGGAGAAACGGCACUUAUGCGAGCAUGCUUGGUGACUAAUUCCCAAGACCAUAACUCGUUCCCUGAUCUUUUGGAAGUUUUGGGUGGAACGAUAGAGGCCCGCGAUCACAAGGGGCGGACGGUUCUUCACCAUAUCGCUGUAACCAGUGCCGUCAAGGGUAGGAAUGCAGCAAGUCGCUAUUACCUCGAAAGUCUCCUGGAGUGGGUGGUCAGACAGGGCAGCGCACCCAACAGUCAAAAUACACAAACAAACGGAAAUGGUCCUAGCAAUUCGCAAGCAGCCAGUCCCAAGAUGGGCAUUGCACGAUUUAUGACCGAGAUAGUCAAUGCCCAAGACAGCGUGGGCGACACAGCCCUCAAUAUCGCCGCCCGUAUCGGUAACCGGAGUAUCAUUUCUCAACUAUUGGAGGUCGGUGCCGACCCAAACAUCGCAAACCGUGUUGGCCUACGACCACUUGACUUUGGUAUUGGAAGUGAGAAUGCUGAAAACAAGACCAAUGGCGAAGCCAACGUUGAGAAUGGCGUGGUGGGGACGAAUCAGCGCAGUCGAGAAAGCAGUGAUGAAAUAGUUGCUUCGAUUUCUCAUCUUCUAUCAGAAACAGGCUCAACAUUCCAGUCCGAAAUGAAGGCCAAGCAAGCGUCUCUCGACACUCUUCACAGCACUCUCCGUACUACAUCAACACAACUUGGCGAGGCUAGACGAAGUCUCGAGCACCUAAGCGCUACACUUAAGAAGCAGCAAUUAGCGAAGCAGAAGGUCGCCAACCUAUCACACGCCCGUGAAGCUGAGCAAGUACGCCUGAUGCAGGAGCAGUCCCGAGCUUCACAACCCAAUCCCUCAUCAUCAUGGGAAACUGAGCUAUCAGCUAUGCUCGAGGCUGCCGACGACACAUCAGAUGGAGAGUUCGGUGGCGAGGGCCUGCUUCCCUCAGCAGCAGUCUUGGAAGCUCGGGUUCGUGCUGUGAAGAAACGUUGCGAGUCAACUCGCAAGAUGGUAUCGGCCCUUAAAGGACGAAGUCGCGAUACCGAAGUCAAGUAUCGUCGUGUGGUGGCGUUAUGCACCGGUGUCCAAGAAGACGAGGUCGACGCUGUCAUCGACGGUCUACUCAAGGCCGUGGAGAGCGAACAAGAAGAGCUUGAGAUUAACCGUGUCAGGCGCUUCCUUGGCGGAGUUGAAGGAGUGCAAUAG